CCAAGCAAACAAUUCUUUUUAAAAUCCCUUUUCCUCUACUAUAUAUAGCACUAACUUUUCACUCUCCUUAUACUCUUCACUCCACAUAUCAAAAAAACAAACAAAUUUAGCCAAACUCAUGGCUCAUCAUAUGCUGCUCAUGACCACCUUUUUUGUUCUUUCUUUGGUCAUUUUUCCCUAUCAAUCAAAUGCCUCAAUCCGUGGCCUAUCCAAGAUAAUGUUGGAUCCUUCACAAGUUGGUAUUUGUGCUUCUUCUGUCACAAUUCAUGGCUACAAAUGCCAAGAAAUCCAAGUUACAACAAAAGAUGGAUAUAUACUUAGCUUGCAAAGAAUACCAGAAGGUCGCGUUGGUGGUGGUGGUGGAGGUGCUAAGAGACCGCCGGUUUUACUUCAGCAUGGUGUUCUUGUGGAUGGAGUGACAUGGCUAUUGAACCCUCCAGAACAAGACUUACCAUUGAUCUUAGCAGACAAAGGGUUCGACGUUUGGAUUGCCAACACUCGUGGCACCCGCUUUUGCAGGCGACAUACGUCUCUCCAACCUAAUGAUCGGGAAUUUUGGGAUUGGUCAUGGGAUGAACUGGUAGCCUAUGAUCUCCCAGCAGUUUUUGAUUAUGUGUAUGCCCACACAGGUCAACAGAUUCACUACGUGGGUCAUUCCUUGGGAACUCUGAUAGCAUUGGCGUCGUUUUCCGAAGGGUUACUGGUGGACAAGGUGAAAUCAGCUGCCUUGUUGAGUCCUAUUGCUUACUUGAGCCACAUGAACACUGCACUUGGUGUUCUUGCUGCUCAAUCCUUUGUUGGUGAGAUCACUAGUACAGUGUUUGGUCUUGCUGAGUUCAAUCCCAAAGGGGAGGCAGCAGGGCAGUUUCUUAAAGCUUUAUGUGCUUAUCCAGGGGUAGAUUGCUAUGAUUUGCUAACUGCAGUUACUGGCAUCAACUGUUGUCUGAAUGCUUCGACUGUUGAUCUGUUCCUGAAGAAUGAACCUCAAUCCACUUCUACCAAGAACAUGGUUCACUUGGCUCAGACUGUUCGAGAUGGUGUCCUAGAAAAGUACAACUAUGGAAAUCCUGCCUUUAACAUGGUGCAUUAUGGAGAAAUGAGUCCUCCAAUUUAUAACCUAUCGAACAUUCCACAGACGCUUCCGAUAUUCAUAAGCUACGGAGGACAAGAUGCUCUUUCAGAUGUUCCAGAUGUUCAGCAAUUACUCGACAGUUUCAGGUCCCAUGAUGUCGACAGACUCACGAUUCAGUAUGUUAAGGAGUAUGGUCAUGCUGAUUUCAUUAUGGGGGUUAAUGCUAAGGAUCUUGUGUAUAAUCAAGUUUACUCUUUUUUCAUGCAUCAUAACUGACAUUUUGUCUAAUAAAAAGCCUUUAUAUGUGUAUCUUGGAGAUCAAAAUCAAUGUUUAUUAAAUAAUCACUCA